UAUAUUUCGAGGGGCGGCUCAUUAAUUCAACUCUAACUUUUCUUUUUUGCUGAUCUGAGACCAGCGAGCGAUCUGAGUCCUUGUGAUCACGUGUCUUUAAGAGUCUCUGAGGUGAAGCUCUCUGGGUUUACAAUCCUCUGUUUCCUCCUUCAGACUGCAGCUGAGAUGAAGCUGAACGUGCUGUUGUGGGUGGUGGCUCUGCUCGCCGCCCUCCUCCCCCGCUCUGCCGACUGUCGACCCGCCGACGCUCCCGCCAGCCGCCGCCUGCUCCUCCCCCGACCGCUGCUCCUCCGCCUGGGAGAGGAGUUCUCCCUGCGGCUGGGUGGAGGAGGAGCUCCAGACCUCCUCUCCUCAUCUUCCUCCUCCUCUUCCUCCUCCUCGGGGGUGAACCGGGCUCUGCUGCAGCUCACACAGCGCCUCCUGCAGGCCCGGGCGGAGCAGCAGCAGCAGCAGCAGGAGGAGGAGGAGGAAGAGGAGGCCGGGGAGAAGGGGAAGAGGUCCGACGAGCCUCCCAUCUCUCUGGACCUGACCUUCCACCUGCUCAGGGAGGUUCUGGAGAUGGCCCGGGCCGAGCAGAUCGCCCAGCAGGCCGACAGCAACCGCAAGAUGAUGGACACCUUCGGAAAAUGA